ACCCCAUCGUAUUUUAGACAAGAGGAGAAGUUCAAGGAUACUCCCAGAACAAAUCUCGAGCAUCUAUGUAAUCUCGACAUUCGAAACCCAGCCCACUUAGCAAGAAAAACUGGCAUCAUCUGCACUAUAGGGCCGUCUUGCCGCUCUGUCGACAUGCUUAAACAAAUGAUCACUUGUGGUAUGGACAUCGCUCGUCUCAAUUUCUCUCACGGCAGCCAUGAAUACCACAGUGGAACGAUCGCUAAUGUGCGCAAAGCUGUUGAAUCCUUCUCGGACAACCGGCAAAUUGCGAUCGCUCUUGAUACAAAAGGCCCCGAAAUUCGUACUGGUCUGUUGACUGGGGGUGCUACAGCGGAGGUCGAACUUGCAAAAGGCAAAAAGGUUACACUCUCAACAGAUUCGAACUUCAAAGAGGCUUGUACUGCUGAGACAGUGUAUGUGGAUUACAAGAACAUUGUAAAGGUGGUGAGCAAAGGCUCUCAUGUAUAUGUUGAUGAUGGGCUCAUCUCUCUUGUUGUUGAUGAAGUCAAAGAUGAUGCUCUAGUUUGCACUAUCGAGAAUGGUGGCAUGCUUGGAAGCCGCAAAGGCGUUAACCUUCCUGGAGCUAUCGUUGACCUUCCAGCUGUAUCAGAAAAGGAUAUGCAGGACCUCAAAUUUGGUAUCGAACAGGGUGUUGACAUGAUUUUUGCUUCAUUUGUAAGAAAUGCAGACGGAAUUCGAGCUAUGCGAAAGGACCUCAAAUUUGGUAUUGAACAGGGUGUUGACAUGAUCUUUGCUUCAUUCAUAAGAAAUGCAGACGGAAUUCGAGCUAUGCGAAAGGUGCUCGGUGAAAAAGGGAAAAAUAUCAAAAUCAUUGCUAAAUUAGAAAAUCAAGAAGGUAUGGAGAAAUCAGAUGAAAUCAUUGCCGAAGCCGACGGCAUUAUGGUAGCUAGAGGUGAUCUUGGAAUUGAAAUCCCUACAGAGAAAGUCUUUGUCGCGCAGAAGAUGUUGAUAGCGAAGUGCAAUCGAGCGGGAAAGCCAAUCGUUUGUGCUACACAAAUGCUUGAAUCCAUGACGAAAAAACCACGUCCAACACGAGCUGAAGCAAGUGAUGUAGCCAAUGCUGUACGGUUUCACUUGUAAAA